CUUAGUGAUGAUAGUUAUUAUGGUGAUCAAGGUCUUUAUUUUAUAUCAGCUAGUCGAUCAGUUGAUAGUGCAACUGUUCCAAUGCCACGUAAAGGUCCAAUUUAUCAAAUUGCUUUUCAGCCAACAACUUAUUCAUCUUCGAUAAUGAAAAAGAAUAAAAAUAAAAAAAUUGAAGAAUAUUUUGUUGUUUGUUAUGGAU